AUGAUGUCUCAAUAUUCAGGUCCUUUACAUCAACCAGGUUAUGGACAAUUUGGUAAUACUGGAGGAUACUUUCAAAGUAGUGGUCCAUUUCCAGCAGGCAGUGUUAUGCCUGGUGCUGCAUUUUCUUCUGCAGGCUUCAGUUCAUCACCAAUGAUGAGUCCAUAUGGUUCAGGUUUUAAUGGUCCUAUGAUGCACGGUGGUGGUUUCGUUAAUCCACAAGUUCCAUUUUCUUAUGGACAACAACCUCAAUUUGCUGGUCCAAGUCAUUUUGGAAGUGGUAUAUAUGAUCGACCUCGUUCACGUCAUUCAUCUCGUCAUCGAUCUAAAUCACGUAGUCGUCGUGGUAGUAGAUCAUCAUCAAGGAGUGAUAAUGAACGUCGUCAUCGAGGUUCACCAUUUGCUGGUCCUGGAAUGCCAUAUAUGAAUAUGGAACCAUAUUCUAAUGCACCACCUUUAUCACCCCGUGCUGGUUCACCUGUUAUUCCUCCACGAAGAUCUGGUUGGUAA